AUUCGGGCCAAAGUUGCUUGUUUAAGCUCCCAUCCAAUUCCAUUGUAACUGAUACUGCGGCCUUGGCUCGACCUGGUGCGCAUACUUUUGUAUUUGAUACAUUGAUCAAAGCCCAUUCAGGGUCUGCCAGUUCCUUCAUUCAGCUUUGAUCAAUAUGAUCGUGUUCGAGAUCAAAUCAGAGAUGGAAAGCGGUAAGACCAAUACAGAGAUGGAAAGCAGUAAAAGACCAGGAGAAGAAAUCAUUCAAGUACAUGAUGAACUAGUAUCUACCAUAAAAAAAAAAAUGGACACAGUCUUUCCCCAUUGUAUCUGCAGAGUCCAGGAGAGACUUGUCCAGGAAAACGAAAAGGCCUACUACCCUGAACUGAUCUCCAUUGGCCCUUUCCACCAUGGAAAAGAAAAAUUGAAAGACAUGGAAGAUCAUAAAUGGCGGUACCUGCAUGCCCUCCUUAGUCGAAAACCGAACCUGGAAGCCAGGUUGGCCAUCUGCGUGAAUGCCCUCAGAGAGUGUGAGCUCAAAGCAAGAAACUGCUACGCAAAGAAAGAGAGCAUCAAUCUCAGCUGCGACGAAUUCGUGAAGAUGAUGCUAGUCGAUGGCUGCUUCAUCAUUGAGCUCUUCCUCAAGUAUGCUCACAGGAGUUUGAGAAAGAGGGGGGACCCCAUUUUCACCUUACACGAAAGAUUCCGUACUCUGAGGUGUGACAUGAUCCUAUUGGAAAACCAAUACCCUCUCUUUGUUCUUCAGCGGUUGUUCAAUCUUGUACCCACCCCUCAGCAGUCCAAGUCUCUCAAUGGGCUUGCCUUCCAUUUCUUCAGGACCAUGAUCCCCGGAAACAAGAAAGCUACUCAGGAUAAGUUCAGCCAAGAAGGCAACCACCUACUGGACUUGAUCCACAACUGCUUCCUCCCCACAUUCUCAGAAGUGCAUCCCGCUGCUGAGAAACCGACGCCACCAAAGCAAUCAAGCAAACGAGAAAAGCUGCAAAGUGCUUCGAAGCUCCAUGAGUCUGGAAUCAAGUUGAGGAAGGUCAACGAAGGAGUCGUACUGGACAUUGCGUUUGAAAAUGGGCUUCUGUCCAUCCCGGAGGUGAAAAUUCAUCAGUAUACCGAGACUCUCUUCAGGAAUCUCAUUGCUGGGGAGGAGUGUAAUUGUGAUAAUUUUGUGCACGUAACGUCUUAUGUUUUUCUCUUGAGUAAGCUCAUCAGUUCACCCAAAGACGCAAAAUUUCUGAGGCAAAAGAAGAUCCUCAUCAGUAGUUUGAAGGAAGAUAAUGACAUUUCUGAGCUGUUCAAGAAGCUGUCCAAGGAGGUGGAAAUGAACCAGUUCUAUUUUGACUGGCUAUGUGAACAAGUGAAUGAAUAUAAGAGUGCGACUUGGUUCACCCUUCCCUCAUGUUUUCAAAAAUAAAAAGUAAAUUCAGCCA